UAUGGGUCUCCUCCCUUUUUGUCCUCUAGCACAGCCCCUCCACGCCCUUCUAACCAAUAAAUAAAUGAUUACUGUCCACAUCAAAUUCUUCAGCUCUCUGUGUAAGACAAACACGGGCAACAGGCGUGUCUAGUUUAGUUGCUAAUCAAACACAUCCUCUUCAUACUUAAUUCACACCUUCAUCCCACAAGGGAAGAACAAGCAAGCGGACACUAUAGACCAUGUCUACUGGUUCCCUCAGUGAUGUGGAGGACUUCCAAGAGGUGGAAAUGGUGGGGUGUGAUGGCCUCAAACUGGAUUCAAGUAAAGAGUUUGGUAUUUCCAACGACAGCAACGAGGAAAGCUCCACUUGUGAUAAUGGGUCUCCUAAGAAAGGCAGAGGUGCUACAGGAAAGAGGAGGAAAAAUCCCAGCAAGAAAAGCCCAUUGAGUGGAGUCGGCAUUGAAGGGAAGCAGGUCCAGAGGAACGCAGCAAAUGCCAGAGAAAGAGCCAGAAUGAGAGUGCUCAGCAAAGCCUUCUCUAGACUCAAGACCACCUUGCCUUGGGUACCCCCAGACACCAAACUUUCUAAACUAGACACAUUAAGGCUUGCAUCAAGCUAUAUAGCUCAUCUGAGACAAAUCCUGGCGAAUGACAGUUAUGAAAAUGGCUAUAUCCAUCCUGUCAACCUGACAUGGCCUUUUAUGGUUGCCGGAAAACCCGAAAGUGACCUUAAAGAAGUGGUUGGCACAAGUCGUUUGUGUGGGACUACGGCAUCUUGACCCCUAUGGAGGGACUAAAUAGGACAAGGCAAUACCCAGAAUGGGGGCAGUUCA